UGCAAAGUAAACAGAUAAACUUUGUUGUUUUCCUGAAACAAAAAAAUAAAAAAUAGCGUAAUUUUUAAAGCGAAACGUUUGAGAGUAGCCAUUUCCUGCUACAAAAGGCUUAAAAAGUAUCGGCUAAUUCGGAGGCAAAACAAACAAAGCCUAUCUCCUAUUGUGUCGAUCUAUUUCUGAGCGACGAAAUAUCCCACCGCACCCAAAGGCAGCAUCAGGGAAAAGAUAGGAGAGGAGAAACACGUAGAGAGAGAGACAGAAACAGAAAGAGGAGAGAGGAACCUGUACUGCUCUAUAACACAAGGAAUUUACCAGAUAACAAUUUCUUGUUCCGUUUUGCACAAACUUAGUUUUUAUUUUGUUUUUCUGCUGUCAGUCUGCAGACAGAGUGGACUCCCCAUCUAUGUCUCUGUGUUUGUGUACUGGAUCUUCACCUCUGUAGCUGUAUACAGUUUGCUUUUGGAGAACUGCACCGGUUUGUUUUUUCCUGCGAGGGUUUUGAGCUGAGUGUUGCCUUUACUGGUCCUGUGAUAGAACGCUCACUACAACAUAUGUUUGGAAAUACUCUAGAACCAAGGCUAACUAAGCCAGCACAAUGAGUACCAAAAAUGUUGUGGAUUAGCAGAACCUAUGGAAAAUCCCCCUAGCCGACAGUGAUGAUCAGGAUCUAAAACAGAAACUGAUAUGUUGAGUUUUUACUUGAGCAGUGAAGUACCCAGUUCAUUGACGUUAUCAGUACCUUGAGAGCUGAGUGUGGAAUUUUAACUGACAACAAAUACAGAAAGACAUUCCUAGAUGUACUUCUCAAGAUAGCAGUGAUUUCCUAUGUUACUGAGCUUGUGAAUGACCAGGCACAAAAGGCGGUGUCAUCCAUACUAUGAAUCCUAGAGACAGUGUAGAAAUCAUGGAGACACAGGAGAAGCUGAUUGGCGAAAAAGCCAAUUCUGGAAAGGAGUUUGAGGGCGAGGAUGACAAAAUCCCAGAGGCUUACAACUGCAACAUCUGUGGACGCAGCUUCCCAUUCCUGAGCUCGUUCUCUCAGCACAUGAGACGACAUACAGGUGCGCGCCCAUAUAAAUGCCCCUACUGCGACCACAGGGCCUCUCAGAAGGGCAACCUCAAAGUCCAUAUCCGCAGCCACAAACUAGGUACGCUGUCCAGCCACCACUCUAAUGAGGACGAAGAGGGCGGGGCAGAGGAGGAGGAGAUGAAGGUUUCUGAGGGUCUCGAUGGAGGUACCAGUCCGACAAAAAGCAGCUCUGCCUGUAACAAGAUGAUCAACGGAGACGCCAGUGAGGAAAGUCGAAGGAAAAUGCCGGCCCGGAGCAUGAAAAGGGAAAAGUCUGUCAGCAACCAGCGGCCAUACUGUUGCCGCUUGUGUGGGUACGAGGCCCAGCGGGAAGACCAGCUCCUUAGCCACAUUGAGAAAGUACACAUAACAGCGGACGCAGAAGAGGAUACAGUCACGGUUAAGGAAGAGGUCAUAACUGAGCCUGAUACCACCCAACCACAAAGCGAUGGGACAUUCCCCUGCGAGACCUGUGGCCAAGUGUUCAGCCAGGCCUGGUUUCUGAAGUCUCACAUGAAGAAACACGCUGGAAUCCUUGACCAUUGCUGCCGAAUAUGUGGAAGAAGGUUCCGCGAAGCUUGGUUCCUCAAGUCUCAUAUGAAAACCCACAAUACCAGAUCCAGGUCUCGCUCCAAAGCAGAUUCAGCAGAGCCUCCCGCCACUAUAAAUGAUGUAGCCCAGGAUCCUGAUGCUGUGACGCCUUCUGUUACAUCUGCUUAUCAGAUGUGCUCCAAAUGUGGAAACAUUUUCCACAGCAAAGAGAGCCUAAGAGCCCACGAUAAAGUUCACAGUCCUAACUGUGGCAGAAAAUCCCCAGUGCACUGCAGGUCUACUGAUGAUGAAGAUUCACCAGCUGCUAAGAGACUGUUGCUCGAAUACCUUAACCUACAAUGUGUUGAGGGGAACAUGCUGGAUGAAGAGGAGGACAGUGAGAAAAGGACUCUUGGUCAAAGAAUUCCACAAUUAGAUCCAGUUUGUAGUUACCAAGCUUGGCAAUUAGCCACAAAAGGAAGGGUUGUGGAGCCUGUGGAGCCAAGUUACAAAGCCUUAUAUGGGGGAGGAAGCAUGGAGGAUGAAGCCCUCACGGAGGCCGCAGUGGUUUAUGAGAAGGAGAACAGCCGUUAUGUCCUGCAAGGGCAAGUAAAACGCAGCUCAGCGAGACGCAGCAGCUCAGGGUUGGGAAGCCACACAUCUUCAGGAGACAGGACACCUGAGAGCUUCAGCGACUCCGAGUACCGCCCAUCAAGUCGACAGGACAGACGGCGACCAUCCCAGUCGCAAGCCUCUUCCUCCAAGGGCAAGGAGUGCUUUGAGUGUGGCAAGAUGUUCCGCAGCCGCCAUCAGAUGAUCGUCCACCAGCGGGUCCACAGAAAGGAUGGAGGCAGGGCCCCAGUGGGAGACAAGGAAAGAAAUACAAGAGAUGAUCAGUGGGGCCUCGCCAGUGAUCCGGAGUCCGGCUCCCCUAGCAGACCCAGCACCCCAGGGUAUGGAGACUCUCCACCUGCACUGACGCUUGGAGACCAGGCUUCUGAGAUGGGAACCUCAAACUCUGGAGAGAUUGUUGAUGAAAAGCCGUAUAUCUGCAGCCUGUGUGACUUUGUCACUGCAGAGUCACAGUCCUAUGUCACUCAUGUUCGUGUCCAACACCCGACUGCCUCCAAAGACAGACCUAGCCCCGUUCCCAGUCCCAGCACCAGCUUAGACAGGGGGACCCUCAGCAAUUAUCCCAAACUCAAGAAAACCCUCAAUCCUGGGCUGAAAACCUCUCCUAAUGCUUACCUCUCCGCUCGCCCCUCUCCAACUGAUCCUACCAUGAUUCCUAUGGAUUUAUGUGUGAGAGCCAAGGCGAUCAGGGGCAUGGCCUCUUUAACUUUAGAUAGAAAGAACCUCCCAAGCCAUAAGUGCUCCUUCUGCUCUCACUCCACUCGCUACCCAGAGGUGCUCUGGAUGCAUCAGACUGUGGCUCACCGCAUCAACAGCAGUAGCUCCACUUUGGCUCCCAAAUGGGCUCUUAAAAACAACUCCAAGAGUUCCAGGGACGGCUCUUUGUCCUCAAAGAGACGCACUGGACCCCCACCUGUCCUGGAAGGGAGGGAAUGUCAAGCAUUGCCUCCACUGAUGCGCAGCCAGCGCACACGGCCUCCAACCUGCUCCAGCGAGGUUGUAAAAAGCAGGCCAGUUAGUCAUGCAACCACCCCAUCAUCAUGUUCUUUACCCUGCACACCAUCCUCAAGAAUCUCUUCAUCAUCGUCAGGCAACCAGGCUGGAAGAGUCCCUGUACGGCCAACCAGCAGUAGCAGCAGCAGCACCACUAAACACACAGAGGACCAGACUCACCGCUUCAGACCCAAGGUGGACAUCUACCCUCAUGUCAGUGCUCAGGCAUCUUCUGGCUGUUUGGAGAAGAACAACAGGAGCCGCUCUCGUCCUCCUGCCCAAGGCCUCAGUUCCUCUGCAGCGUCCAGGAUGGCCGAUCGCUACAUGAUGCCCCAGGAGGGUCUGGGUUUCAUGCUAUCCAACAAACACAGCCUAGCAGACUACAACCGAGCUCGGCGCUCCCCUAAUCAGCCGCUUCCCAAUUCCCAAAGCCAUAGUCGGCCAAGCCCUUCAAGGCCGAGUGCCAUCAACCACUGUUCGCCCACAGCGCACAUCUACAGCAUCUCUCAGACACAAGGAGCUGUGGCGCAGACUUCCUCCUCCUCCUGCCCCUCCUCAUCUUCUUCCUCAAUACCUUCAGAGAGCCGUAGGGAUGUGAAGCAAGAGAAAAUUGCAGAAACGCCUGAGAUGCCAACUGACGUCCUAAGCUGCCUCAAGAACUACAGCCCGCAUGAGCUGGCUGCUCUCUAUCACCGCUGGGGUGCAGCCAACACUCUGAUGGACCCCACAGGGAUGCUGAGGUCUUUCAGGCAGGGGCAGUACUUCUGCCAUGAGUGCGGGAAGAGCUUCAGUCAGCCGAGCCACCUGCGCACACAUAUGAGGUCCCACACAGGGGAAAGGCCAUUCUGCUGCCAGCUCUGCCCAUACCGGGCCUCUCAGAAAGGGAACCUAAAGACCCACGUCCAGAGCGUCCACCACAUGCCUUUCGAUAACAGCCAGUAUCUUGAUGCGAGAUGUUUGUCCCUGAGCCAGGAGGAGCAGAAAGCAGCGGCUGCCAAACACAUACCAAAUCCACAUGGACGCCGACAAUAGAUUUUACUGUGAUUAAUGGACCAGCCUUGGCAUAAAUUCUUGAACCCAAAAUCUAAACUUAGACUCUUGAUUGACUCACGAUUCUAGAGGAAUGGAGGCUCUUUUAGUUUUUCUUAAUGUUUUUGUGAAGAAGCCUGCCAAGAAAUGUUAAAUUACAAAAACAAAAGUGAAUCAGAUAAGAAUGUCUGAUAAGAAAAUGAACAGAUGUACUGGUGAAAGGUGACUGUGAGGAAAUGAAGAUUGAAAAAUCUAAGUGUCUUCUCUGCAAGAAAGCUGGACUCACCAAAUUUAAUAUUUUGCAUCUGUUUGGUCAUCUUUGACAUAAAUGCUUGGAUCAUUUUAAGGAUUUCUGAGUUUUGUAGCUUUCAGAAUUUAGAUUUUCCUCUUGCUUUUGUGUUUGAGUUGUAAAGUUGCCAAGUGCAGCCUUAGAGAAAAAGUCAAGUCUCUAUAAAGAAGGAAAAAUCCACUCA